CGUCUCUCUUUCUCUCUCUCUGAAGAUCGAGCGAACCAGAAUGGCGUUGAGUCUGUUGCAGGCCCUAUGCAGAUCAUCAAAUUUGGGGGGAAGAAACACAAGAAGCCUCAGUCUCAUUACCGGUCAAAUCAGCAACCACACAGCCAAGUGGAUGCAGGAUACAAGCAAGAAAUCUCCAAUGGAGUUGAUCAAUGAAGUUCCACCCAUCAAGGUUGAAGGCAGGAUUGUUGCUUGUGAAGGAGAUAUUAAUCCUGCACUUGGGCACCCAAUUGAGUUCAUAUGCCUCGACUUGAAGGAACCAGCUAUCUGCAAGUAUUGUGGCCUACGCUUUGUCCAGGAUCACCAUCAUUAAAGAUUGCCUUUGGCUACAUAAUAUUUUAUGUAAUCAAUCCUUGGGUUGGUUGUGACGGGCUUAGACUUUUCUAUGUACUGUCCAUCUUGUUGGAGCGUUUCAUGCUUCUAAUUGAUAAAUCAAUGCUUCCAUGUUCUUUGUUUAUCACAGAAUAAAGAUUAUGUUGUCCCUGUUUUCCAUGCUCGUUCGGGCUAAUUUCUCAUAUGGAUUUCAUGUAGCAAACCCAACAUGGUUUGGGGGCUGCUGAUGAUGAAAUGUAUUGGUCAUAUAUCAUGCUGGCUUUUGUUCUUA